CUUCUUCAUUUCCGCUCUUCUGCCCAGUUAGGAUACCUGAGGCGGAAGUAAAAGGUAUCUAUCGUGAGCAUUGCUACUGUGUACUAUUCAGAUAUUGAUCUGAUUUCCAGCUGACAGUGUUUUGUCCCAUUCUCCAGUAGAGGUCACCUGUGAGCACAUGGAAGAAAGAACAGGCCGUUGAGCUAUAAAAGCUUUCCAAAAGGUUUGGGAUACCUGAGAUUAUGGCAUCAAGAAACCUCUGGUACAUGAGAAGUAAUUUUCUCUUUGGUUCAAGAUGUUGGAUGAUCCGAUAUUCAGCAGAAAUCCUCCUCAAAUCAGUUUCAUUUAGGCUUUUUGGUGUGAAAUGUGUUAACGGAGACAGUGAACCAUUGGAGAAUGAGGACCUACUAAACAACUUACUUACUAUGGGAGUUGAUAUUGACAUGGCAAAGAAACGACAGCCUGGGGUUUUUCAUAGGAUGGUUACUAAUGAGCAGGACCUGAAGAUGUUUCUACUGUCCAAAGGAGCCAGUAAAGAAGUAAUUGCUAGCAUCAUAUCAAGAUAUCCACGAGCUAUAACACGCACAGCUGAAAGUCUUUCAAAACGGUGGGAUCUGUGGAGGAGGAUUAUGACAUCAGACCUUGAAAUUGUAAAUAUUUUGGAACGUUCUCCUGAGUCCUUUUUUCGGUCCGAUAACAAUAUAAACUUAGAAAAUAAUAUAAAGUUCCUCUACUCAAUUGGAUUGUCCCGUAAAUGCCUUUGUAGAUUGUUAGCCAAUGCCCCUCGUACCUUCUCCAAUAGUCUUGAUUUGAAUAAACAGAUGGUUGAAGUUUUGCAGGAAGUCUGUCUAUCCUUGGGUCACAAUGAUCCCACAGAUUUUGUCAGGAAGAUAAUUUCUAAAAAUCCUUUCAUCUUAAUUCAGAGCACCAAGCGGGUGAAAGCUAACAUUGAAUUUUUGCAGUCAACUUUCAACUUGAACAAGGGAGAACUGCUGCAUCUGCUCUGUGGUCCAGGAGCUGGAAUUCUAGACCUUUCCACUGACUAUGCCAAAAGAAACUAUGCAAAUAUUAAAGAGAAGCUGUUUUCUCUUGGAUGUACUGAAGAAGAGGUACAGAAAUUUGUCUUCAGCUAUCCGGAUAUGAUCUUCUUGGCAGAUAAAAAGUUUAAUGAUAAAAUAGACUGCCUCAUAGAAGAAAAAAUAAGUAUUUUGCAAAUAAUUGAAAGUCCUCGGGUUCUGGAUACAAGCAUAAGUACUUUGAAAAGUCGAAUCAAAGAAUUGGUACAUGCUGGCUAUAACUUGAGUGUAUCUAAGAUCACACUUCUGUCUUGGAGUCAGAAAAGAUAUCAAGCUAAAUUGAAAAAAUUAAGCAGCUAAAACAGUGCCUGGGGAGUUUUUAAAAAAAUCUUACAUUGUAGUUAUAUAUUUUAAUUUUGAAUUUGGGCCUUUCAGAAAGGAGGGUUUUGAUUUCUUAACCACAAACAUACGUAUAAUAAUCCUUUGGGUAUUUUGUCUUAAAGGUUCGUAAGAACCCAAAGUUGGCAUUCUUAAGUGUAGUCUUCCUACCUACUACUGUAGUUUGAAUUAAUGUAGUUUGAAUUAAUGGCUGCUGUAUAGUAGUGGUAGUUCCUGAGAACCACGCAGAACAAAUGUAGAAAGAUAUAUAGAAUAAACUUUUGUGGUUUCUGUUUAGAUUAAAAAAAUCAACAGAUUCAGGCUGGAGAUACUGCUCAGUGGUAGAGGUCUUGCCUAGAUCCCUCAUGGUUUUGAUUGGCAAGCAGUUUCUUCUGUUAUUCCAAAGUAUCAAAUUAUGGUUCAUCACUAAAAGUCUGACAACAUAGACAGGAGGGAUUUUUCAGUUCCAAAUUCCAUAUUCUCCAUUUAAACCAUUAGUGUGCCCCACAACUUAGAAUUUACUAUGAGUGUGCCCUGACAAGGGCAACUAUGGUAGGAAGAGGCAUAAUGGCUACCUAAAGUUAUCAGUCUUAGUUCCCAGAACCCAUGAAUAGGUCAUGUUAUAGUGCAACAGGUUUUGUAUAUGUGAUUAAGUUCAAAUAUGAUUAAGUCAAGGGUCUUGAGAUGGGCAGGUUAUCCUGAAUUAUCGGGGUUGGCUCACUGGAAUCACAGGAUCCUGAAAAGUGGGGAAAAAGGCAAAAGAGGAGGUUGAAGUGACGGAGUGAUGAAACACUUGACCACUUUUGCUGGCUUUGAAGGAGGAAGAAGCCGUGAGGCAAGGCCUGUAAAAAAUGGAAAAGGCAAGGAAACUGGUUCUGCCUGGAGCCCCUAGAAGGAAGUGCAGUGCUGCUGGCACUUUGUUAGCCCAGUGAGAACAGAAUUGAACUUCUGAUGUACAGAACCUUCAGAGUAAAUCAUAGUUUUGAACCAGUGAGUUUUUGAUAACUUGUUACAGCAACUAGAUUGAUAAGUUGUAUUAAAGGAGGAUGUCACAAAAUGUGGUCUUUUAUCAUUUCUAGUUUUUCCUCUUAUAAGAGUAAAUUAUAUUAAGAUUUAUUUUUCUGGAAUUACUAUUGUUAGUGUUUAUGAAGUCUAUGUGGAUAAAAAGCUAAGUGUAAAUAAUAUGAUCUAAAUAAAGGAAUAUUUUUGCCUAAUGAAUGUAGCUUAAGGAAAUGGUGGUCAUUUAUGUACUUUUAUAUUUUGCUGGCAUUUCAUCUAAUUUAAACAGGAAUUUCUGGAUGCAUUGACUUAAAAUUGAUAAAUUAGAUCAUGUCUAUAUUUUGAAAAUAUUCAUAAUCUAGCUCUGAUAGAAACUGAGAGAAGAAACAAGUUUUAUGAUCUUAAUUAGAUUUUUUUCUAAAGUCAUUUAUUUUCUAGAUGUGGGUUUUGAAUUGAGUCACAUAACCAUUUAAACUAUAUUUGCAAUCAUUAAUGUCUCAAAAAAAAUCCCCACUAAUUUAUACCAUUGGUAGAAAUAAAGUGCCUGCUUUCUGAAAGCCAUUUAUAUUUAUUCUUGUAAUUAUCUCCAGUAAGCUAUUUGAUGGCAAAUUUGACAUAGUUUAGAAAACACAAUAUUUGUAGACACGUUUCUUCAGAGUGAUAAAUAAUUUAAAUUCACUGAAAUUGUUUUCUCAUAAAAUUAAAAAUCAACCUUGCAGAUUUGGUACAAAUCAAAUUAUAUAGGGUCUGUAGGGUUUCUUGUUCAUAAUAGCUAUUCAGUCAAGAAAAAAGUUACAGUAGUAUUUUUUAAAAAAUAACUUUAUUGAUAUCUAAUUCAUAUACCAUAUAAUUUAUUCAUUUAAAUUAAAAAACAUCUAUUUAUUUAAAUUAUACAAUUUAAGGCAACAUAUGUGACCAUCACUACAAUCUAAUUUUAGAAUUCGUGUCCUCUAAAAGAAACCUGUACCCAUGGGCAGCCAAUCCUGUUAUCGCCCUCCCACACUCAGAGCACUAAGCAAAACCUAAUCUUGCUGUCUUUAUACAUUGGCUUUUCUGGACAUUUCAUAUAAAUGAAAUCAUACAUAUGUAGUUUUGUGACUACUUUCACUUAGCAUAAUCUUUUUAAGGUUCAUCCAUGUAGCUUAUAUCAGCAUUCCUUUUUUUUUGCCAAAUAGUAUUCUAUUGUGUAGACACAGUAGUGUUGCUGGUAAUAAAUUUUAUUGUUAUGGCUUGAAAAACAAAGAAUUAAAUCCUGUCUUCUGAAUUGUAUGGGAGAAUUUCCCAAGGUAUCUCUUGGGAAUCUAAUAAAUUUAUAUGGAACCUGAGGGAGAUAGAGAAGGUAAAGUUUUUUUGGCAUUAACAGGUCGUGAGGAUUAUACCUGGAUUGAGAUAAUUGUAUAGCAACAAUAGUUGGAAGUGCCCAAGGAGAAUAUAGGAUUAACAGGAAUGUAAUACAAUACUUGAUAAUUUUUUAAGUAACCUAUUUUUUUGUCAGAUGUGAAAGGAAAAUCCAUGUUUUUAAUGGGAAAAUAAAUCACAAAAAGAAGAAAAACUCCCAGAGAUAGUAUUUUGGUGACUUUCUGUUGUUUUUCUUUGCAGAAUAUAUCUAUACCUAGAUGUAAUAUGAGUAGUUAUGUGGUAUAUAUAUUUAAAUAGAGAUUGAACUAUACAUUUUAUAAUUUUUUCUUAUCCUAAUAGAUCUUAAACAUAUUACAUAUUCAGUAUUUAAAGAAUCAAGUAAGUAUUCACCUAUUACUAUGGUUUUUAAUGGUUGCAUGAUGAAAUUCUGUUGUUGGAUAAACCGUAAUUUCUGUACUCAAUCUUUCACCACUGUGCAGAGCAAAUGAAUUUUAGUAAUAUUUUGAGUAUCUUGUCUGGAUUAUUUUAGCAUUCUACAUAGUGACUGUUUUUUAACCAUUGGUAUUCUUUAGAAAUUAUGUCUGCUGUAGAAAAUGUAAAGAUUGAGAGAAUUGCAUUGUACUGUUUUCUAAAUGUCAGAUCCACAAAACUAAUUUUUUUAAAAAGGGGAAACCAUCUGUGCAUUCUGAAUUCCUGGCGUAUAUUUAAGGACUUUCAUAUAACUGCAGGAAUUAGGAUAAUAUUAAAGAUUAAAGAGAAAAAAGUGAGUUUAUUCAUAGUCAACUAAGCAGGAAAACAAAGGAGGGAUAUAUAUGGUAAAAGGUUUGUUGAGUUACUGAACUAGUCCUUUCUCAGCUUUCACCUAAAAUGCUUGACUAUUGGCUUCUUCCUUUAGAAUGUAAUGCCCCAUGUUUCAUACCCAAAAGUAUGAUCUAGUGGAGAUCUAGGGGAGAAUUUGUUGAUGUAGAACCCUAACUACAAACUUUGAUAAUAGCCCAUUGUUACACAAUACAGGAAAAGCUUGGCACAUGUAGGAUAGCAGGACUAUAUAAUUAUUAGAUUUUGGGAAGAUAUUAUAGCAGAAGCCUAGUUACUCAGCAUUGAGGGGGAAGCGGAUAUGCUACGAUUCACAGUUAUGUUCUUCCAGAGAUCAUCUCUGGGCUACAAGGUCCUGGUUCUGAUUGCCUACCAUGUGACUUAGAAUAGUUAUUCUACAAUGGCCAGCAUGUCCCUGGAUUGAGGUUCUUCACAGUAGUGUCUCCGUUUAUGCCCUCUUGCCUCAGGAACUGGGUGUAGGAUUGAGCUGUAAUAGGAUCAUUUUGAGGAGUUGAGUUGGGGAAGGCAUUCCUCAACUGACUGUCAUAACCAGGUGAAUGUCAUAACUGGGUCUUACCUGUCUUCUUGCUCAUUUCCAUUUUUCUGUUACCCCCCAAAUGAUGCUUUCGCCAUUACUUUCUUCUGUUCUUCCCAGAAGAAUGACAUCUACUAUUUUGCUUUCGUACUUUUCCCCCCUUUUCAAUUCACAGAGAUUAGUUAAGUAAAAGGAAGAAGUCAAAAUGCAUGUAGAUUUUUUUGUUAUGAUUUAAACCUAUUCUUGGUGGGGUUUUUAAGCCUUUUGAUUAAUUUCUGAGUGGAAUUUGGUACAGAGCUAAACAACAUAUCGAUGGAAUCUCAUUCUCUUAGUUUCAUAAUUAAUCAGACCAGUAUUUGGAAUUUGUUUUUCCUUAACAGCAAUAUUGUGUAAAGAUUUGAUGAAUUUAUGUACAUUCAUUGCUUUGUGUUAAUUGUGAAACAUUUUUGUGGGUGGUGCUAGGGAUCAAACCCAGGGCCCCAUGCAUGCUAAGCAUGCACUGUACCACUAAUCUAAAUCCCCAGCCCCUAAUUAUGAAGAAAUUUAAUAUGGUGUUUUGAGAAUUUUUCCACAUCCAUUUUGAAUAUCUAGUGCCACUUUCACCAGCUAUCAUGGUACCUUCAAUUUAUGCCCACCAUGAUUUUCUUUUUUAAAUUUCACAAUGGAAAUGAAUUUAUUCUCUGAUAAUACACAAUCAUCAUAAAAGCCUUUGAACAAAACAUAGAAAUUUAUCAUGAGGUUGAGGAAAUAUCCUUUUAUUCUUAAUUCACAGAGUGGUUUGCUUAUUUAAAUCAGAGAUAAAUGGACAGUUGGUGAUUUUUAAGAAAGCCCUUUAAAAGUCAUCUUUUAAAAUCAUUUAAUGAAUGAUUAUCAGUGAAUUUCUUCAUAUCAUCCUUUAUUUUACUGAAAUGAAACCUAUGCAGUGUUUAAUUUACUAAUAUUUAACUUAGGAUUUUUCAUUAGUGUUCAUAAGAUAAAUUGGUGGUAACCUCUCUACACAUUUCCUCCUUUACUUAUGAAUGUUUGGGUGGGUAGGUUCUUUGUAUUUUAAGGUUAAGGAGGUUACCACUUUGUCAGGUUUUUAGAUAAGAGCUGUGUUAGCCUCAAACAAUAAAUUUGAAAACGUACUAUUUUUACCCUAUACCUUCUAACUGUUUGAAAACUAAAUAUUAUCCAUUUCUUUAAAGUUUGGCAGAACUUGUAUAUAAAAUCAUCUGAGUCUGGUGUAUUGUUCAGAUACAUCAUUGACAACAAUACAAAGUUGUAAAUGCUUAUAUAAAAGCUUUUGACCUGUAUCUUUUUGGUAAAAAUCAGUAUGAAGGUUUCUCUUAGUUAAUGCAUUUUGAUGUAUGUAACUGCAUGGGUGAAUCUCAAAAUAUCGUACUGAAUGAAAGGAACCAGAGUACAAUCUAUAUAAUGUCAUUUAUAAGGAAUUCUAGAAAAUGCUCUCUAAUCUGUAGUGACAGAAAGCAGAUAAUUGUUAGAGGGAUCAGGGUGUUUGGAUGGGGAAGGAUAUGAAGGAGGGACUACAAAGAAGCACAAGGACACUUUUGGAAAUGAUGUAUAUCGUCAUUGUCUUGAUUGUGGUGAUGGU